GCAGGCCAUGUACCUAUCAGGAAGAGCGCAGAGAUCGGUGGCCAAGAUGUCCGCAGAGGGCUAAGUGGCCCCGGCUCUCUGCAGGAGCCGGAGGUGAGCUUUCCACGGUGGUUUUGACUCCCGUGGGUAAAAGUGGCCCAGCUUUGGUUCAGAUCUCGCGCCAUGUGGGGCGUUGCGGCGGCAGCAAGUCGUUGCUAAGUGCCGGGUGUCACCUUAGGUUGACUCAGGUGAAGGCGGGCGGAGGGGGCCUGGGGGCUCGUGAUUCUUCCGAGAAGCGCCCCCCGGCCUCCUCAGCGGAAGCAAAACCUCGCCAAGUUCCAGGCGGACUCGGGGUCAGUCGGGCGGAGGAGCCGGGGGAGUCCUCGAGGACCCCCGCCCCCAGCCUCGGCGGCAGAAGAAGCGGGGCAUUGCCAAGUUCAAGGUUGACUCGGCAACCGCAGGUGAGGGAGUAGCAGACGGAGGGCAUCCAUCCCAAAGGCUCCGGCUGCCAUGAAAAACGAAGCGUCCGUGCCCACGGCCCUGGGGCUCAGGGGGGGGCCGCUCCGAAGCAGCGAGCCCGUGGGCCUGGGGCCGCCGCCUUCCGUGCUCCGGAGCCUGCUGGAGGAGGCCGCUGACUACUUAGUGGUGCACCGGGACUUCGGGGCGUGCCUGGAGACGUGCCAGAGGGGCUGCGAGAAACUGGGCUCUCCCGGGCAGGCAGCGGAGGGUGAGGACAGCAAGGACCUGAAGUGCUUCCUGUGUGUGGUGGGGAUCCAGGCCCUAGCAGAGAUGGAUCGAUGGCGAGAAGUUCUCUCUUGGCUUCUGCAGUAUUAUCCGCACCCAGAACAUCUGCCCCCCAAAAUUCUGGAACUGUGCAUUCUUUUGUACAGCAAAGUAAAGGAGCCCCAGGCGAUCCUGGAGGUGGCCAGCAGUUGGUUGAGAGAGCCAGCCAAUCGAGAUCUGCCAGAAUACGGGGCCAUAUUUGAACUGCAUCUUUUUCGGGUGCUGUUGCCCUUGCACUGUUGGACAGCUGCAGAAGACAUGACUGCGCUCUGUGCCAAGGAGGAGCAGCGACAGGCCGCUUCUCAAGCCAUCGCCACAGCAAGGCAGCAACAAGAGGAGAGCCUCCAGAAAACCCAGGAACCACAAAGGGAGAACCAGGGAGGUACCUUCUGCCGAAAGCUGCUGGCUCUGUGGAAGUUGCUACGUUGGUUGCUAGAGUCUGUGGUGGACCAUGUCCUUUCUCUGCCCUUAAAGAAGACCAUCUUGAUUGCUUUGAUCCUGUGCCUCUUGAUGGUGAGAUUUGAUCCAGCUUGUCCUUCUUCACUGCCUUUCUUCUACAAGUUGGCUCACAUCUUCUAUCGCAUUCGAGGGACCAUCUUUUCUCCAUGCUACCUGUCGUCUUAUAAUUCGUGAUGGAGUGAGCUUUGGAACCUACUCAACUGUUCCAUUCUUGGUACUGACACUGGAAGAACGUCUUACUGACUUCUACAAUCUUGCAGCUCAAUGUCUCGGGUCUCUUAUUUUAGGGCUAAUGAUAAUCUGGGAAAGCUAAGUCUGGUCACGUGGAAUACUGCAAAAAACCCAGCUGAGGGAGGGUGGGCAGAUUCGGACUAGGAUCUUGCUCUCAGCUUCUCUGGGUUCAGUGCCAUCAUUCCAAGUGAUAGGGAAGUGGCUGGUGCCAAUGCAGGCCUGUCCGUCUCUCUUCCUUAGAAUAGCUCACUCCCAAGAGUCCUUUGCAAAUGGGCUUGUCUUGGAGUCAUGACCAGGAGCUAUGGAAUAUUUUUUUAUCUGUCCAGAGGCAGGAUCACUGAGAGGUAGGCUUGGUGACUAGAGGCUAAGUCAUGGGAAGGGAAGGAAAGGGUGAUUUUUACAAGUUGGGGAAUUUGAACCUAAUUUGAACCUAAUUGAACUAUCUCAUGAAAGUUCCUUGGAAAUUAAUUCUAUUAAUUAGUUUGAAUGAUACUUGAUGGGGGAAAACUUUUGUUUGUCAAGAGAUGAUAACAAAUUUGAAUCUCUGUGUGGAUUGCAGAACUCUCAGCAAAUUGGGGACAACUAGGUGGCAACUUGGAUACAGUGCUGGGCCUGUAUAUCUAAGUUCCCAUCUGGCCUCAGACUUAUUGGCUGUGUCAUCCUGGGCAAGUCAUGUAAAAAUUAUUUGCCUCAGUUUCCUGAUCUGUAAAAUAGGGCUCCUACCUCCUCUGGUCUGUUGAGAGAAUCAAACUGGAUAUUUGUAAGGUGCUUAGUACAGUGCCUGGCACAUAGUAAAUGCUAUGUAAGUGUUAGCUCUCGUUAGCCAACCAUUAUUCUAGGUCAGAUCUCAAUCUGACUGGACAGAUCAAGGAUUAUAAGCUAGAAAGUGACCUUGUGCCAGAUUGGUGAACUCCAGGCAACUCCACUGAAAAGAGAAUACUUGUCUGUCUCACUUUUUGUCAGAAUGACUCUGUGACUUUCUGAUUAAUUAUCCAGGUUUUUGGGCAAUUGUUUAAGUCCCAAUCCCUGACACAUAGCACUGUUUUCAUGCCCUAGUGUUUCUGAUCUUUGACUGAGGACUGUUCCUGUGCUUCUCUUUAUCCUUCCCUGUUGGGGUGGGAUUAUUGGUUGUAUUUCAGGGACAGCAGCUGGUUCAUCCCUUUGCACGUCCUCUCAUUCCUGAUAACCUCCUUCCAACCCCUGCUUUAAAAUUUUCCUUUUUAGUUGGCUAAUGCAUGUUUGUUUUUUGUUUUGUUUUGUUUUUUUCCCUACUUGUGGCCUUGAGAAGUAGGGCAGCAGCAGGGACUGAUGGCUAAAAAUGGAAUUAGUAAUUAUGUGGGAUGGAGAAGGUAGACUUCAGGCUUGAAAGAACUGUACAAUAAAAAAUUUUUUGUGCAAAGUAUUAUGGAUCACCUUUAAGUACACUGAAUGUUGAAUUGAAUCAAACUUGAGAUGCUUCUGUAUUUUCCGUUAUUUGCCUUUUGCUUAUUUACCUUUAUAUGUCAGUGUAAAUUUUUGUGAUGAAACACCAAUCCACUAACAUGUUAUGAGAUCCAAGGAGACACAUGUUCUUUCCAUGCAGCAGAUCAAGCCCCUGGCAGAGAUCAUCCCUAGUAUUUCAGAUCUUCAGAAGAGCCACAGUUUCCUCCUCAUGGAUGCACCAUUGGUUAUGUAAAUCAUAUUUCCUCCUCGCCUUGGGAGGCAGCCUUCAUCAGUUGUGGUCAGAAAACUCCAUCAUUAUGUGGCCAUUCUCUGCAAGGCCGAUUGUUGGAUGCCAAACCAGAGUUUGUCGCGGAGCCCCUCGGAGCCUUACUGGCUCACUGAAACUGGCGGGAGGCGGUGCCCCAGCGCCUUCCCUUUCUAGUGGCCAGAGUCCGGUGUUAAUGCCGGGAGCAAUGGGAGCCGGACUUGGAGGGGAUGGCUGGUAGCAGGUGUCCGUUUGGUUUUUAGGAGCUGCGUUGUGGCUUCUCUCCUCCCUAGAGAAGGCUGGGCCAGGCUGCCAGGCCGGAGGCCCGGAUGUCGGGAGUUCUUCAUUUCAGUGCAUGCCCCGGGCUCCGGGCUUUGCACCUCUUGGAAGCUGCCUGUGGGUGCGCUAGAAAAGCAGCUAGCUCGGGCUUGGGCAAGUCCUGGGCCGCAUCACCUGCGGAGGCGGAGGAGCCGGGCUGCGGCCUCCCUCUGAUCCCAGCUAUGAGGCGGAGGACAGACCAUUUUCCGUGACCCUCUGCUUUCUCCCCCAUAAAAGCGGUUAUACCUGUAGUACUUACCUCCCCGCGGGGUUGGAAGGCCGUCAUAGCGGAGCCAAAGGCUCGGCUCUGCUAGUUAGUAGAACUAGCCCUCCUGUUUGGGGCCCACUGUGGAGUAGACCAAAGGAAAACCAGCCUGGGACCUUGGUGUGUCUGCAAGAGAGCUGGGGCCCGCGCUCUGUGUUGCCUGUGCCGUGCAUUUGUCCGCGAAGAGACCAGCUACAGUGAACUAAAGGCAAGCGGCUGCAGGGCUUCGGGCGCAGCCUGCGCCAAAGUGGGGGCUGCUGGCCACAUCCUCCCUCCGGAAAGUAGGGUUUCAGAAAUGCAAGCGGGACUUACUCAGCACAGAGCACCGGGGAACGCCAUGGCCCGAGUCCUGGAGCAACCGUGAAAGGCCCGAACAUGAGCGUUUGUCUGGUCCGUCUGUCCGUAUGCACACACACACUCACUAGGUAUAUGUGUGUACGUAAUAUUUUUAUGACAUUUCUACCUCCCUAAGUAAUGCUCAGGAUAUUUUUCUUCAUUCUUUCUUUAGGAAAGGUUAGAGUGUAAUAACUACAUGUCUGAAGUUAGCUUGGAACUCAAGAUUUCAGGAAACAUGAUGUCCACCUCCGCAUGGAGAACUGAUGUAGAUGGAAGCAUAUUUCUCUUAAAAAAAAAAAAAA